CCGCUCUCGACUUUUUUUUUUCUAAAUUCUUGUACAUAAUUACCAUGCCCGGUGUCGAGCUGCCAGAGAACGUCGAAUUACUGCGUACUCGUGUCGUUGUUGAACGCGAUCGUGUUUUUAGUGUCAGCGGCAGCGAUUACCCACACCAAUAUCCCGGUAUCAACAAUGCCUGGGACGUUGAAGAAUUUAAAAAGAACCUUCGAAUCAAGAUCAACCGUUUAACGCCUGACAACAUUGAAUUUGACCUUGUUGGUAUUGAUGCAUCGAUCGCCAAUGCUUUCCGUCGUAUCUUGAUUUCAGAGGUGCCCACCAUGGCUAUUGAAAAAGUCUACGUUAUCAACAACACAUCGAUUAUCCACGACGAAGUUUUAGCACAUCGUUUGGGUUUGAUUCCUAUCCUUGCCGAUCCACAAUUGUUCCAUUUCAAGAGUGACGAAGAUGGACCUACCGAUUUGAACACCAUCGUUUUCAGACUCAAGGUUAAAUGUGAAAGCAAUCCGAACGCUUCACCCGACGAGACUGAUCCUAAAAAGAAAUAUAACCAUAGCCAUGUAUACUCGGGCGAUCUUGUAUGGGAACCCAAGGGUUCGCAGGCUGAAAAGUAUGCUGAUAACCCUAUCCGCCCCGUUCAAGACGAUAUUUUGAUUGCAAAGCUUCGACCGGGUCAGGAAAUUGACAUGGAAUUGCAUUGUCACAAGGGUAUCGGACAGGAACACGCCAAAUGGUCUCCUGUAGCAACAGCCUCAUAUCGAUUAUUACCCGAAAUUACCAUCUUAAAGCCGAUUACUGGUGACGCUGCAUACCGUUUCCAAAAGUGCUUCCCGCCUGGUGUGGUGGAUGUCGUCGAGGAGAAUGGAGAAAAGGUCGCCAAGGUCGUGAAUGCACGUAAAGAUACGGUUAGCCGAGAAGUAUUGCGACACAAAGAGUUUGAAGACAAGGUCCGAUUGACGCGAGUACGAGACCAUUUUAUCUUCAAUGUUGAAACUACCGGUAUUAUUCCUCCACAAGAUCUCUUCCCGUUGGCAAUCAACGUACUCAUGGAAAAAGUACAAGCCAUUAAGCCUUCGCUGGAACGAGUCAUGACCCAUCAAAGCUAAAAAAUAUUCACCCUUACAUUCUACACACACACACACACUCUCUCUCUCUCUCUCUCUUCUUUUCACACACACUCACAGCACAACACUAACAUAACAUUUACAUAUUAAAAAAAAGCA